GAACGCGCUUCUGUGAUCGCGCAUCGCGGUCGUAUUGUAAUUGUCACAAAAAAGAGUUAGCAAAAAAGUUUAGUGUAGUAUUGUGUGAAUUUACUAAUUGUAAUUAAUUGUGGUGUUUGAAACAUAAACUUUUGAAUGAAAAACAUAUCAAACAACCCGUGCAGGUGUAAUUUUUGUAAUCAGUACUGAGCUAUGAGAUGGCGCGGAAUAUAGUAACAGUGUGUAUGUUUUGCCUGCUCUGCGCAGCGCACACCUGUGGUUCUCACGUGGACGUCGACGUGUCUGGUUAUGAGGCGAAGAGGAUCGACAAUGCACUGGACAUAAGAGGCAAGAUUCGGCAGGAGAGGUCGAGACAUAAGCGAGAUGUUAUGGGAAAUUAUAUUGAACAAAUUUUUAGGUUAUAUGGUGAUCCCAACUCUAUGACGAUGGACCUCAGUGGUUUUCAUAGAAUGUUAAGUGGCUUGGAGUUAGAGAAAUUAAUAAAUGGAAGUGUAGAGAAAAUAGAAAGUAAAAAUUAUAUGUAUGACCAGCGGGGGGCAAAUGACGAUGUUGUUAAUUGCAUCAGCAGUUCCGAAUUAAUCACAACAGUGAAUACCAAAUUAAAAAACAACAAUCAUGAACACAGUCAUGACCACGAUCAUGACCAUCAUAAUGAUAAUGAUAGUAAUAUAACAAAAGAUACGCUAGUGGCCAUAUGCCCUAUUUUAUUAUACCAAAAACUCGCAAACACCUCACUAGAAAGAGGCGGUUGUGUUUCAGACACAAACUUUCAAACACACAUAGAAGUACACGAGAGCGCAUACUCGAAAAAUAUGUUUGCCGUGUGGCUCUACUCUUGUUUAAGUAUCACAGCCAUCAGCGCAUGCGGACUCUUAGGCGUGGCCGUCAUACCAAUAAUGCACAAGACUUACUACAACCACUUGCUACAAUUUCUGGUCGCAUUGGCUGUGGGCACUCUAUGCGGUGAUGCGCUGCUGCACCUCAUGCCACAUGCCAUGUCAGGCCAUGAUCAGAGUCACGACGACGGCAUGUGGAAAGGCCUUGCCGCGAUGUUGGGUGUUGUGUUCUUCUAUUUCACGGAGAAAGGUUUGACCGUGGUUGUGGAAUGGCGGAAGAGGCGCCAGAAGUUGGAAGAAGACAAGCUACCUACACGGGUUAGAGUUUUGAAGGAUGACCCGAUUUUCAAAGAGGAAGACACGAAGAUGUGCAAACACAAAUAUUCAGAGUACCCAUACUGUUACGAUGAAAUUGACACAGACACACACGACGAGCACCAUUUGAGAGAUUUGCCAAGUCCAAAGGAGAAAGAGAUGGAGAAGGAGAAGAAUAGCGUCAGUGUUGUGUCGUCGAAUGCGUUGAAUGAUAAGAGUGAGAAGGAAGAGCCGAAUGCGAAGGAUUGGCUGUUGAAGGGCGAAACGGGGGUGGAGUUGAAUAAUAUUAAGGAUGGGGCGAAUUUGAAGGAUGGUGACAGUUAUACGGUUAUUUUGAGAGAACACUCCCGUGCCCAUCAUGGUCAUUCCCAUGCCCAUGGGCAUGUCCAUGCCCCGCCGUCAUCUAUGUCCUCUGUUGCAUGGAUGGUGAUAAUGGGGGAUGGAUUACACAAUUUUACGGAUGGAAUGGCUAUUGGCGCCGCGUUUGCUUCGAACUUAGCCGGUGGAUUCUCCACCGCCAUUGCAGUAUUAUGCCAUGAAUUACCCCACGAAUUAGGUGACUUCGCGGUACUCUUAAAAGCGGGUAUGUCGGUAAAGAGAGCAGUAUGUUACAACAUAUUGUCCUCUGCCCUAUGCCUUGCUGGGAUGGUCUGUGGUGUUCUAGCGGGACAUGCGCCAUCCGCCACCAGAUGGCUCUUCGCGGUCGCAGCCGGCACUUUCCUCUACAUAGCGCUGGUUGAUAUGAUGCCCGAACUGAGCACAUCGCAUAGCAACGAAGGGACCUUCUGCCAGUGCCUCCUGCAGCUCAUGGGGUUGGCUUCUGGCAUCGGGAUUAUGUUGGUGAUUGCACUAUACGAGGAGGAUCUUAAGAACUUAUUUGGUUAGUGUUAAGUGUAAAGUGUAAACGGUCAAGUGUAAAGUGUUUACGGUAAAGUGUAAAGUGAAUAUUUCUGUGAAUUUCUACUUAACUUUGUACUUAGUGAACGAUCAGUUUAUAUGUCCCAUGCCCCAUUGGCAGUUACUGAAUCUAAGAUAAUUUUAAAUAGGGUCUUUUGUUUGAUUUGUGUGGCCUAUGCCAUACUCGAAGUUCAAAUGUGGUAUAUCUACUAACUUUGUCCCAUGCCCCAUGAUUUUAAGUGGCUUAAUAUUUAAACUGAUCAUUUGCACUUCUGAAUUAUAGUGUAAAUUACACUACAAAGUGAUUUGUAAAACGUACUUAUUUGGUUACAUUUUGUAUCAAAUUUGUUUGCCCCAUGCCCCAAUUUGUGUCUAUUCUUGUUCUCAAUUAUUUUUGGAUAUUUCAAUGUUUGAAUGAUUAUUUUUAUUUUGUGAUUUCAUGUAAAUGUCAUAGUAAUAGAUUAGAAGUUUUGUGAUAUGUGUCCAAUACCCCAUCUCUGAAUCGUUUUUAGAAGACGCAAUCUUAAGAUUUCAAAAGGUUUGGGAUUUCUCUUUUUAUUGACGCAUACUAGGUGACAUUUACCAUUUUUGCCCCAAAUUCCGUUUUGGGACAAUUUAUGAAAAUCGAUACAUUCGCUCAUAAAAAAUUUAGAACUGACCUAAAUCUUACCUAGGGACAAACAAAUUAUGCCCCAUAACCCCAAUAUGGGAUAUUUUGAGGGCAGUCAUAACUUUUAGUUUGUGUUAAGAAAAGUUGAACACAUUUGCUCCAUGCCCCACACAGGCGUUAUUACUAUGACGUUUAUGUUAAAAAAACUUAAUUAAUAAAUAAGUUCCUAUAUCAUAAUAUAUUAAGACAAAAACGUCACGUUCAAAAUGCUAUAAUUUUAAAAGAUUUUUUUUUAAAUUCAAAAUUAAAAGGUUUUUAAAUUUAAAAAUGAUUUUCCCUUUUUAGCGCAUUUGACAGAAGUUUUUAAAAAUCUACGAAAUUUCAAAACUUCCAUUUUUAAAAUAUGCGAAAUUCAUUUUGUUUAUUCGAAUUUCGAACUAUAUUUAACCAACUCCAAAAAAAUGAAUUCUUUUAAUCGGAUUUUUUUUUAUUUUACCACAUAAAUGUUUGUCUUUUGUUCAAGUUGGAAUCAAAAUGUUACAUUACAGUAACAGCCCGUAGGAGUCAAUAAACAUUUCAACAUAUAAAUAUAGCAUUUUGUAUGUUUAAAAGUAUUAAAUGUCAGUUAAUCUGUGCAUUUUAUUAAUUUAAGUGAUAAUUAUUUUAGACGAAAUAAAACAU